AUGCUGCAUAGAAUUCCCUGCCUGUUUCUUGUCUUCGUGUUCUGGGGCUCAGGUGCCGGCGGGCCCCUGACAGACCCACAGCCCGACAUCACAGACCAGCAGCUGUUCUGGGGCGCCGACCAGUACGACUUCUCUGUGGUGCUUCGUGCUGGUGGCCAGGACUGCUUCUGGCACUUUGCUCACCACGGAGAGAAAUUUUACCUGAACUUCAUGGUGCAGUGGGUGACGGGAGUCGGCCAUGACAGACACCUGUCUGUCACUGUCAACGCCCCCAGCAGUUUGUUGCUGUCCACUGUUGAUGAUGCAAAGGGUCAGAUCAACUUUAAAGCCACAGAAACAGGUUUUUAUCAGAUGUGUUUCAACAACUUCCACAACCGCUUCGGCACCAUGCAGGUCUUCCUCAGCUUUGGUGUUUACUAUGACAACAAUCAAGACCCCUCCAUGAGUGAGGAGAAUGAGAAGAAGAAGAAGAAGGAGGAAAUCAGCAAAGACCUGAACAACACACUGAGCUUUAUGGAGGGUGCGACCCACAAGGUGGAGAGCAACGUCUUCCACAUGUUCCGCUACUACAGCUUUGGCCGCAUGAGGAAGAGCGUUGACUUCUUCCUGCUGCAGUCCAACUCACAGUACAUCACGUGGUGGUCGACAGCCCUCAGCCUGCUCAUCAUCACCUCUGGCUACCUGCAGCUCCUCUUCCUCAAAAGCCUCUUCGUCAGUAAGACGUCCAGCGAGGACGAGAAGCCCCGAUGCUGACAGGCUCAGAGUCUGUGGGUGUGUGCUGAAGUGCAGACACAAGUUAAGCUGAAAGGUGGUGGCUCCUCGUCUUUCUGGUUUUGUAUUUGGGUGUUUGUGCU